AUGGCGACUGUCCUUCACCUUCGUGGAUUCCUUGCCAAGAACCAUCACAUAGGCAAUAUCGACCGCUUCCGUCGACGCUUACCACUCUUGGUCAAUGAGAAAACUAUAUCAACUGCCCGUGCACACGUCCGAACCUCCUGGGCAAGGUCGGCAUCUUUAGCACCUUCAAAUCAGAUAUCCACGGAUUCCUCUUCAAAAUGCGUGAGGUUGGUGUAUGCCGGCCCUGGGUCUGGUCAGCAGUCUAUGAUGUCUAGGUACCUUCAACCCCUUUCCUUCUUGAACUCUGGGGAGAAGGAAAUGAUGGAGGAUGACUUAGAAGGCGCAUCGUCAAUGAAAAGCAGGAGUUGA